AUGUCCUCCACCGGGUACGCUGCUGACGAUGUCUUGUUCCACAAUGAGAACUUGGCUCGCGUGAUUUCCUUAAACAGAUUGAAGAAAUUGAAUUCCCUCGAUACGUCUAUGGUCACAAAGAUUGGUCCUCGCUUGUCUGAGUAUGCCAAAUCUGAAGCCGCCUCCAUGGUCAUUUUGACUUCCAAGUCUCCAAAGGCUUUGUGUGCUGGUGGUGACGUUGCCCUGUGUGCCUCUGAAAUCUUGAAGGGCAACCCAGGCUAUGCUUCCAACUUCUUCCAGGAGGAAUACAAUGUCAACUACCUCAUUGCCACUUACUCCAAGCCAUACAUUUCAUUGAUGGACGGUAUCACCAUGGGUGGUGGUGUCGGUUUGUCCGUGCACGCUCCUUUCCGUAUUGCUACUGAAAAGACCAAAUUGGCCAUGCCUGAGAUGGACAUUGGCUUCUUCCCUGAUGUGGGUACCACUUUCUUUUUGCCUCGUUUGGACGACAAGCUCGGUUACUACUACGCCUUGACCGGUGAAGUGUUGAGCGGCUUGGACGCCUACCAGGCUGGUUUUGCAACCCAUUUCGUUCCUUCCGAGAGAAUCCCACAAUUGGUUAACCGUUUGUCCAACUUGAAGCCUCCUGUGAUUAACAACACUCCUACUGAAGGUACCCUCUUGAAGGGCCAAAAGGACUUCUUCAUUCAGGUCAACAUGGUCAUUGAGGAGUUCACUGAAAACAAGUUGCCAGACAACUACAAGUUCCACUUGACUGAGGAGCAGAUCACCUUGAUCAACAAGGCUUUCUCCGAGCCAACCUUCGACGACGCCUUGCAGGUGUUCUUGUACUCCAACACUGAGUUUGGUAAGAAGACCUACGACCGUUUGUCUGCCAAGUCCCCAACCUCCACGCAUAUUGCCUUUGACUUGUUGAACAAGGGUGCUAAGAACACUAUCCGUGGUCAGUUGGAGUUGGAGAUGGUUUCUGCCACCAACAUGGUCAACCACCCUAUUGAGGAGAACGACUUUGUUAAGGGUGUCAAGCACAAGCUUAUCGACAAGAUCAAGGAGCCAUUCUUCCCACAAUGGUCCUCUUUCGACGCUCAGCGUGUUCAAAAAUUCCAGGAGCCAUCCUUGCACACUGCCAAGCUCGAAACCCCUCCCUUGAAGAAGUUCUUCGGUGUUGACUUCCACCAAUACCCAUUCCAGUUUGGUUUGCCAACUAACCAGGAGAUUGAACUGUACAUCACUGGCCAGGACGGCUCUAACAGAAAGUACUUGCCAACUCCAAAGGAGGUUGUUAGACACUUCAACACCACCACCAACAACAAGUUGGGUGUUGAGGAGAAGGUGCAGAGAGCCUUGGCUUUGCAUGGAGAGGCAUCGAAGUAUGACAACAAGUAUGUUUCUUGGAAGGAGUAG